GCAGCAGCACUAGCCACCCCCGCCGCCGCUACCGCCUCGGCCUACCGCUUAAGCAGCCUCAGGAAAAGCUUGAAGGAGUUAGGAGCCCCUCUUCUACGCGGGUCGACUCACUGAGUACCGCUGAGCGACAGUCGGCGGCACCAGCCUUCUCUGCGCUGGCAGCGCGCGCUCCUCCACCACCAAGGACCUACAGACGGACGUCCCUGGCGCUGUGGCUCGCUGGCUGGGCUCCUCGCUGCUGACGACUUCCAGCAAUGCUGUUCCUACCAUCCUGCACGUUUUCUGUCACCAGACGCCCGCAAAAAUGAGUCUCUUGGCGGCCAACGUUGACGCAGGACGAGGAGCGGCAUGAAGCGACUGCUCUGGGUCUCGAGCUUCGUUGACGGCAGCUGAAGGCCCUCGAGCAUGUGCCGCUCAGGGCGCCGUUCUUGAUGGGCCCCCGUGCCAGCGAGCGUCCCCUCCGGAGCGUUCGACACUUGCGUUACCAUUUAGUUCAAAAAAAGGGAAGCAAAAGAAGAAGACGACGAUCAUCAGCUACGAUCAGCUGGAAUUGUGCUCUUGUCUGUGUCGACCUAGUGGUUAGCUACUGUUGGUCGCAUGCUCGCACAGCCGGCUUCCUAGCUUCGGUUCCGUUCGCUCAGUUAGCCCAGCUCGGUUCCGCGUCCGCGUAACCUUUAACGGUCCUUAAACCUUAAUGGUCACCAUCAGAGUCAACUGCAACGUCAACAACAACAACAACAACGAUUAACAUUAAGAGGAAUGAACAGCUACAACAGGAAUAUGACGAUAACGCAACCCUACGACCAUUAUAAAUCGGCCAACGGAGCAGCAAUGAGAUAAAUGAAGCCAACCAAAAUAACAACUAACAGUAAGCAAAAGAAAUAAUAAACAACAACAAAGUCAAAUCAGUAGGACAAACUAGUGCACAAGCGAGCCCUCGAGCUUCUUCGCAGGUCGUGCAUAGCCCAGCCUCAGCAACGAAGCGGGGCAAACAGCAACAUCAAUAAUAAGGACAAUAACAACCAGACGAUUAACAUUGUCUGGACAAAAAAACACCAAUGAAUUAAAAACAGCUAUACUACAAGAAAAUCUCAGGAAAACUAUUGACAGUGAGAGACAUAUUUUUCAAUGAAGCGAAGCUAGCGAACCACUUGUCGCUAAGAGAAAGAACCCACAGCAUUGGACCAUGUCUCUAUUGUGCUAGUCAACGAAUCAUCGUAAUAAUACUUAUUUUAAGAAGAAACAAUAAUAAUAGCAAGAAGACGACAAAAAAAAAAGGCAAAAACAUACCAAAAACGUUAAUGAUUCACGUUUUUAUUUUUCGCCCUUUCGAGCAAACAAUAUAGGAGCCAACUCAACAAACUUCAACGAAUGGAUAUCAGCAAGUAAACAAGCGACACGUGCUCACCACGAGUGUACCAUCUAGCAGUAAACUUACAAUGUAUAUAAUACUACGCUAACGCAGACAAUUUUCAUUGCAAUUACUACUGCGAUCUUCAUAUUAAUCAUCACUACUUCUACUGUUAUGAUUGUCAUCAUCUUAUUUAAAUCGUACGUAAUUCGUUAGCCCGAUCAACUAGAAGACAAGGACGACAUAAGACGCUACUGAACCAGCAAAUUAUACGUAAUAAACAAGAAAUAGAGCAGAAAAGAAGAAGCAGAACGAAGACAACAGAUUGAAGAAACAACGAACGAAGCCACAUACUCCGAGAACAACUGUUCACCAGCAGCCUGAAAAAUACACUGAAGCCUUAAAAUAAGAAGAGGACUAUUGUCCUACCAUUAAAACAACGUCACCAAUUGGAAUGAUUCGUACUACGGCUAAAACGAAGUGGCCGUCAAUGGACUGCGCCAUCUUUGCACCAGUCCUCGUCAUCAGAAGCAACUGACAUAAAGGGAAGAAGAAUAUAAUUCGCAUUUCUGAGACCAGCCAGCGUCAGAGCAUAGGAUAUCCCACGAUUUCAGCCCAAAAGACAGCAACGUCAAGGCGAACAUUGACCAAACGAGUUGGUUUUCUCGUUGAGCAAAUAUCCUGUAGUCCUCAGCGAAGAGCUGACAAACAAACAACCAGAAAAUCAGAUCGAUUUCGACUCAAAAUAAAGCAGGCAAACGAUAUGAUUAUUCGAUACCCCCAAUAGCAAGAUCACGACAACCAUCGACACCCCUUGACACGCCAUUCUUGUUUAAUGGCCAUUUUUUUUACGAGUGUGAAUUCUCCGAAAAAUCCGAAUGGACCUUCUUUAUCUCUGCUAUCAGCCAGGAAAACUACUGGCCCAUACUCUCCGUUGUUUAUCGAUUCGAUUUUCCUGCUUUAACAUUGAUCACAGCUCAAGACACGAGUGACAUCGACGUAUUGUCAAUAACUGCUACAAACACGAGCGCAGAGGAAAAAGAUUAGUCGGAUCGAUUGAAUGAAGCGAAAAACGUGUCGAUCGCGCCCUGGAUAAUCUAUCACUGCAGGACUGCAGGAUUAGUGUGCAAGACCACAAACGCCAACGUAAUAACAAUAACGACGACGACGACAACUACGGAAAAAAAGGCAGCGCGAAUACUGCGCUGGCCUGACCAUAGCGAGCGAGACCACGCAGGCAACGAGACAGCAGAGAACGCCCAAUCAGCCCAGAUAAUUACUACAAUAUUACAGAUUACCACAAACAGUACAUUACAUACUAAUAAUACUUACUACUAAUAUUACGUGAUUACUACGUAAAUUAUUGAACGAGAGAAACAGAAACAUAAGCAGACGAUCGGAAAAAGAGAAUCUUAACUACCGAUCCAUUUAUAUCUCAGAGUAAAGAAAGAUUGUUGCUUUCAUACACACAACUGCUGUAACUAGCUAGUACUGCUAUUACGGAUUGAGCGAGUCGUCGAAUUUCGCGUGCUCCUUAUAAUACGAUUAUACCAGUACAUACAUAUAUAUACAUACAUACGUACAUAUAUACAUAUACACACAAACGUUAGAGAAUCGCGGAAUAACACAGCUCCACUACGACUGCUACUUCUAGAAUUGAACUAGCGUUGAACUGCAAUACGGUUAACGAAGGCUGACAGUUAGAAGGCAAGAAGACCCCCUAUCAUCGUUCGGUAGAAUCGUUCCUACGCAGCGGUGACGCGCAGCGGUCUAACCUGCUUACCGAUUUCAGCCGUCAGUUGAAAAAAUAACGCCUAUUGUUUUGUUUUCGCUCUGGCCUUAACGUAUCUCAGCUAUAUCCCCGUUUACUACAGAGUUAUUAUUAUCAUCACAGGGUAUAUGCCAGAGCAGCUGCGGACGAGACGUCAUCAACACUGCGAGAUAUAUCAGCAGAUAUAAGCAAGCAAUUGAUCAGUUGAACGAAGAAACGUCGAUCAAAACGUGUAUGAUCUAACGAAAAUUGGUAAUAACAAAACAGACGACUGUGAAAUCGGCACAGCUUGAAUAGAAGCGGCAGCAGCAAUAUCAUCAUUAGUACCCGCCGGACCUAGCCUAGCCUUCAGCAAAAUAGUCAACCAAAAAUCACGUGACGCCGAACUUUCAGGAGGAACUCCUCAGCGGAACUUGUUGCUGCAAGACGACAAGUUACCAGGCAAGCUACCAAGCAAGUUAGCAUAAUCGCGUAAGUGAUCCACUCUAGCUCAAUCAGAACCGAAUCAGUUUUGCCGUCUCAACUAUUCUGGAAAGUAACCCAUAAGAACACAACCCAAAAAACGAAACUUAUACGGAAAUAAACCCUAAGAGAGGACCUUUCGAGGAAAGCUAAAGCCAAAAGCAAAACUUGUUUUUGAUGAGAACAGCAGCAGCUUCUGCUGCUGCUGCUGCUGUCUUUUAUCCGCUUCUCGGCGACGUCUUCACAAUCAGACAAAGUCUUCAACUCACGACAACUACCAAACGACACCCGAUCUCGCGCAACAAGAGAAAACGUGCGUACGUGCAUGUAUGUGUAUGUGUGUGUCCGUUGGAAACAGACGUCUGAAAAACAGCCAAACAGAAAGUAAGCCAAUAAAGCGAAAAUUUAAGGGGAAAAAACCCGCUCAGGACAGAGCAAUACUACCAGCAAUUGUUAUAUCCGCUGCUAGCAAAGCAACAGCGCGAGCUAACAGCAAGAUAAUAUUCUAGUAUUACGAUUGACUGAGAGAGUCAACCGGCAAAUGGCGACGUAUGUCAACGCGUGACAAAGCAAACAUGACAAACGCAGGAUCUAGCAGGCUACAGUAACCCUAGAGUAUAGCAACGAAAUUGAAAUAACACGAGGGCAGAAGCAGACGAAGAAGGACGUAAUUCGUAUUAUAUCUACUUUUUAUGAUUCAGCAGCAAUGGCGAAAAGGGGCACAUUUACAUCGUCAGUGACGGGGCGAACGAGGUUCAGAUACUAGCGACUAGCAGAAAGUAAAACAAAACGAGGCCAAGAUCGAUAAAUACACCCACCGGAUAAGAUAUUCAUCCACAGCUCUUGCUAUAACUGCAACAAAUGUAUCAGUUCUACGCACUAACGGUGACGGCACUAAUCCCCGCUAGAAGAAAGUUUCACUCCAUUGUUAGCGUCGUUCGUUACCACCACUGUAACUGUUAUAACUAGUCCAGUAUCACAGUUUGAUACGAGCAGCAAAUGGCAAUAGCGAGCUAGCUAAAGUACUAUUGCAAUUAUAUUAUCAACUAACCAGCUAUUCAAUUAACUAACCUCGAUAUAGUUAACACUGCAGAACAGUUAGACGAAUCAUUUGAAGAAGAGGAACGGCCCCUACCGGCUUAUACGGUGCAAGCCUAUACAAUAUCGUAGUACAAACCAAAUAAAAGAACAAACUAAAAUAUACUUGACGAAAUUUAACGGCGGCAGCACAUACGCGGAUAUAAGCGACGGCAGCGACAGCAGCAGAAACGCAGUAUCACUGAGUAACAGCUAAUAAGCAUGCGGCCUUCAUUAAACAAAUAAGAAUACCGUAACUCUAUUCCAUUCUGCAGAAUAUUACCAGUAGACAUCUUUCGCGCCAAGCCGACAAUGAAGAGGAUGUCGCCAGCGAUCGGUAACUAACGAACGUCGUCUGAUCAUUAGGCGCUGAUGCAAUGAUAGUCUAAGUUGAUGAGCUUCUGAGUUUUGUUCAGUGUACCAGGAUCGACAAGUCCAUCCAUUGGGAUAAGGUAUACAGCUUGUCCAGAGCGGAAGGGAGACAGACAGUCAUCGGGUGGGGUGAAUGCUUUGCUUUGAAUUGUCAGCCUUAAGUCCUGUUGCGUAGCAGGAUCUUGGCGAUUCGGCCCGACCAAGCAAGCGCCUCCGUACAGACGAACGACAAAAACAGAACAUACCUGAACAUCAUCGUUACUAUCCUCAAUAACUUGGGCUUGUUGGAUAUUGGAUUGUUAUUAGUAAACUGCUCUUCGACUUCAAUUUCUGGAAGUUGGACAUUAUUGCUAACCAUUUUAAGCUAGCAGUAGGAUCUCUCUGUUCGUUUGACUUAAACCAACCGUGGUCGCCUACCUCGAACAAGGGACGGUUACGGACCCUACUUCUGGAAUCCUGACUACACUAACAACGCUUCGUCCAUUAGGAGAAUAAGCAAUAAACAUGAAAAUCAACGCGUUUCAAAAGAGCCAUCUUGCCGAAUGCGUCACCACCCGACAUAGAUAACAUCAGCAGUAGAAAGGGCAAAGGAAGGAAGCCUAACAGGAACGACACCGACACGUCGGAGCAACAGCUAAUCAAAACGCCCACCAUACACGUAGUCCGUUGAAAUAAGAGAGUGCUCCUUUUUUUUGUGACCAAGUGACAGUGAGGCAUCCCGUCAUUGUUUUCGGCCACGAUCCGUGGUCACUGACGUGUGAUCCUCGGAGUAUCUGACUUAAGCGCCCAAGUGCCUCCUUGAAGUACUACCAGGGUUCCUCCAGCAGCUAUUUCGGCAGCUGGUGCGACCCGGGCAACCUACGCCGGUCCGCGAAUGCACGAAAAGCCGGGCUGGACGCAAACCCGCGAUAGUCCACGACCGUCCCAUCAAAAUCCGGUCGCCUCUGCUGAGCCGAUCCUACAACAGGCCAAAGAGGCCGUAUCGGCACUAAUAAUAGCGGCAGAAGCAACAGCGUCAACAGCAGCGGCAGACCAAGAGGAAGAAGAUAGUCCUCAAAGGCCCUCGGCCUAUAAUAACAGCCACAGCCACCUUUUUUGUACAUAGUCCACUCUAGGUCCUAGAUACUAGCCAGCAGUAACGCAGAAUCACCAGGUCUAGGCGAGUGUAUUAUAGAUGCUUCAUAAAAAGCAAGUAAGAAAACAAGAGACAAGAUAACAUUAGUAACGACUUCUGAGUACUAUAAGCUUAUUUUUGUACGACAGUUGCAACUACUGGUAAAAAAAAAAUAGGAACGGACAACAAUCAGGCCGCGCUGUUGACUGUCGGUCUGGCAUAGACGGAAAGUAGAGACAAAUUAGUGCCAGAUCUGUUUCAGUGAGCAUUAAGCAACAAACAAACAAGCACAUAGCAAAAUCAGAGCCAGGUAAACCCUUAAAAGUGUUUAGGGCGCCUUAUCUCAACUCAAGCCUGUGCUCUGAUCAAGACUUCAAGACUCAGCUUCAAAUGGAACUUGGGCCAACAACCAGAAGGUGCUAGAAGGUCACCACCACUCAAAACUGCUCAGACGAAUAAUUGGCAUUUUGCCAUACAGUUUAACUUGGUUAUCAUCAUCAUCAUUUCAUCACCUUGUUUUAUCUAGUUGAAGACGCACGAGGAAGAUCCCUAAACAUGAAGCUGGCCACACUGAUUCGAAGAGCUGGGGCCGGCAAGCUGUCGGGAUGGAUCAGCGUCUUUGCGAUAUUAGUUCUUGUAUUCGCAAGAAGCUCGACGCAGACAAAUCUACGGCCCGGCCUAACAAUGAAAGGCCAGAACGUCUCAAACAUCCUUCGGUCGUUCUUCGAGUCGGGCAAGUACGACAAGCGGGUGCGUCCUAACUACGGUGGGACGCCAGUUGACGUCGGGAUUACCAUGCAGAUUAUAAGUAUAAGUACUGUCUCUGAGGUACAGAUGGAUUUUACAUCGGAUUUCUACUUUCGCCAAACCUGGCGGGACGAGCGGCUGUCGUUUACUCGCACAAAAGAUCUGGACUCCAUGAUUGUCGGCGCAGAGGUCGCCGACAAGAUCUGGGUGCCUGAUACUUUCUUCGCUAACGAAAAGAGCGCGUAUUUUCACACCGCCACGACAGACAACACCUUCCUGCGAAUCAAAGCAGGAGGCGAUAUCCUGCGGUCGAUCCGAUUGACGGUGACUGCCACAUGUCCCAUGGAUCUACGAUACUUUCCUAUGGACAGGCAAAGCUGUGCCAUUGAAAUAGAAAGCUUUGGAUACACAACUGCAGAUAUCAGUUACAAGUGGGCUGAUGGCGAGAAAUCGGUUCGAAUCUCACCUGACGUAGAGCUGCCGCAAUUCAAAGUUCUUGGUCAUCAGCAGAAGACUAUUGUGGUAACUCUUAGCACGGGAAACUACUCCCGGUUGGUGUGUGAAAUUCGGUUCGGUCGAGCCAUGGGUUAUUAUCUGAUUCAAAUCUACAUUCCUGCUGGUCUUAUUGUGGUCAUCUCGUGGGUAUCCUUCUGGCUACAUCGUAACGCUACUCCGGCUCGCGUGGCGCUCGGAGUCACUACCGUGCUGACAAUGACCACCCUUAUGUCAAGCACUAAUUCUCAACUGCCUAAAAUAUCAUAUGUUAAAUCGAUCGACGUCUACCUAGGAACGUGUUUCGUUAUGGUUUUUGCCUCGCUUCUGGAGUACGCCACGGUAGGCUAUCUCGGAAAAAGAAUUGCAAUGCGAAAAUCGAGGGCCCAGCAACAGGCCCAGGCUGCCGCGAAGGAGAAGGAAGAAAAGGAGAGCAAAGAGAAGAAACAAGACGAAGAUGCGAAAUCACAAAACCAGAACGAAAUUAAUAAAAGCAAAAGCGCCGAAAGUACAAUACCAGCCAACCAAGAUGUUUGCUCAAGUCCAAACCAGGAAGUGAAUCCUAUUUUAAAAUCUAUUGGCUCAUGUCAGGUGUGCCCCACCGUCACGCAGUACCGAGACUACCCAUUUGGCAUGGGUAUGGUGGGGGGCCUGCGCAGGCGAGGAGUGGGAGACACUUGCUGCUCGAGUGUACCCGGGGGCUGUGGCUGCCCCUCAGGGGGCAACCCUACGCCUCAACCAAUGUCAAUGCAGGAGGUGCGGCUAAAGAUGAUCUCGGACGGUCCCGCGCGUCCGGAGUCGAAGACGUCGGCGAUGCCGGUGACGCCCGGAGGCGGGGCGGCCUCCGGCGCCAACGGAGCGCCUCCUUCGGUCCCCUCGGCCCCGUCGUCGGGGGGGCCUCCGGCUGACGCCACGCAGCUCGAGGCCACCGCCUUCAUCAAGAAUCCCAACAAACUGUUCGGGGUGUCGCCCUCCGACAUCGACAAGUAUUCACGGGUCAUCUUCCCCGUUUGCUUCGUCUGCUUCCAGCUAAUGUACUGGAUUAUCUACACUCACAUCAGCGACAUUCUGCCCGAAGAGAUCGAGGGCUAGAACAGAUGACAUUUUAUAGGUCGUAGACUGCAGCCGGGCUAACGUACGUUAACAAAAAAAAAAAAAAAAAAGGCAAGCAAACAAAUAGCUAAUAAAUAUAAAGCAGUCCGUCAUCGUAAGCAACAAUACGGCACAAGUUACUCUCACCGCUAUCGCUCUUACUAAGACGAAUUACUUUGCCAUCUCAGUAAUCAUCGAAGUACUUAUGGCUAGUUAACGAGUUUUAAAGAGCAACUCGGUAAUGGCUCGCUUCGACAACUCAGCACUCAACCAACGCGUUUAUUACUGCGGCAGCAGAAGAAACAAGAAAAGGUCGAUUAGACAAAGGUAUCCGCCGGCAACAGAUAACAGCAGAAGACAAAUAGAUAAAUAGUACGCACGCAGGACAUGUUGACAGGCAACGCAACGUACAAAGCGAGCAUCGUUUUCUUUUGCCCUAGAAGAAAGAGCGACGCUAGCGACGUUAUCUUGCAAGGACGGUUGAUUUCGCAAGUUUUUAUUCCCCUUUUUAUUAUUAUUAAUUCUAUUUCGAGACAAUGGCAGUAAUAGUAGUGAGUA